AUGGAUGUGUUUUAUACAUACACAUAUUCGACAGCCGCAUGGCUCUCCCUGCAGAGUCUGCCUCUGAUGACGGGGCCAGGCAUGAUUGUGGCCCUACUGUUAGAUGAAACCCGCCCGGCCAGCCCCAUCGAAAUAUACUUUGCCCGCUGUCUCGGCUUCAGCCUUAUAACCAUGGCAAUCUUGACUGUGAUGUUGACAGGCUCCAUCCCAUUGACAUCUACGAUAGCCGAGCCUGUCACAACAGAGGAAUCAGACCCCAAGGCACCGUAUGCCGUUCCAACUCUCAUCAUCACAUCUUUAUUCCAUGCGAUCUCCGGAUUUUAUGCCUAUACAUGGUAUGUUGCUGGGGGUCAGGGUGUGUUUGCGAUCGCAGUGGCCGGGAAUUCCCUUCUUGCGUUUAUCGGGCUGUGGUGUGUGCUCUUCGCAAGCAGCGAGGGCAAGAUAAGUCGUAGAACGGGUGCUGAUAAAAGAACAACUGGGUUCCCGUUCAGCAACACUGAGGCUGCCAAGAAGCAUGCAGGAAAGAAGCGUAUCUAG